AUGAUUUUGCCUUGGGUUCUCUUUUUCACAGUUUUAGUUACAUUAAGUAAGAAGUACUACAAACCUCCAAUGAAGAGAGUUGAAGGCAAACUUGUAGAGCUGCCCCAGGAUAUCCAAAACUACCAAUAUCAUGAUUUGGUGUCUAUUGUGUACUCAGUAGCAAUAAUAUUGAUGUUUACUGCCAAUUACUAUCUCUACGGUCUUGACCUUGAGAGAGAGGGGACAUACUUGGAGAAAAAUAUUCAGAUACUAGGAAUGGUGUGGUAUACAUAUGAUUUGAUCCUCAAAUAUUUUGAUGGAGUUCAUAAGAUCUUCGUAUGGAUACACCAUCCAUGCACUAUUAUUGCAAUUUAUGCUUCAUACUCAUGCAAAGAGACUGUAGCAUUUGGAGCAACUGCUGUGUUCAUUAACGAUGCAAUUCAUGUGUUUUUGGUCAUCUAUAGAACUCUUGAGAGUAUUAAUAUCAAGAAUUUCAGAUAUUUGGUAAACUUCUCUUUCUUGGUUGCUGGAUUCGUUCUAUCAAGAGUGGUUGGAAGCCAUUGGUUGCUAUACAAAGGAGCUAUGUCAUCAAAGAUCCCUUUCCUAGUAAUUCUCGGAAAUACUCCAAUAAUCUGCUUUGGAACAAGGAUCUCCAUUCAGCUAGCUAGCAAAUAUUGGAAAUAUGUCCCUCUUUUCUGAAGUAACCCUGAGACUAUCAGACAGACAAAUCUUUGGCAGACGAUAAGAGGAAUGUUCCAGAGUUAUAAGAGUGGAGGCACCAUGAGCAAGGUGGUUGAUACAGCUAUCUUUGCUUCCUCCAUUCUCAUCCCAGUUUCAAUAAAUCUCUAUGUGAGAUAUGCUUAGUUUCUAAAAAUUGUGUUAAAAA